UUGGCUAUAACUGCUUUACUUUUUAGCGCUAUUCCAACUCGGAUAGAAGAGAUAGAGCCGAAAACAAAGACAAAAGCGGGUCGACUGCGUGUGUACUUCGCUCGAAAAGUAUCAGACACCCAGACUGAGGAACACAGCGAAGAAUUCAAUACUGUCGUAAUAGCAAUCGGCCGCGAUGCAAUGACACAAGAUAUUGGCCUAGAUGUGGUCGGUGUAGAGACAGCUCGCAACGGAAAGGUCAAAUGUCGUCGGGAACAGUCUCUGACCUGUCCGUAUGUCUAUGCGAUCGGCGACGUUCUUGGAAAAUGCACCUGA